ACCCCCUCACAGACACCCUCUACUUCGAUCUCUCUCUCUUUCUCUGUCUCACUCCCAAACACUCAGAGUGGCCGUAGAAGCGAAACAGACUUAAAAGAAGAGAAAAAGAAUCAACGGGCAGCUCGACAAUUUGCGUCUCUCUCUGUGCCACACACUCAGACUUGGGGAAGGUCUGCGAAGAAUGGAACUGACUUUACUUACUUUUGAAACAGAGCAACUCACUGUCAUGUGGAUGUACUUCAGCCAACUUCUACUGCUGAUGAACUAAACAUGGCAAGUUCUUCUGCACAAAGCCAAAGGAGGCUGUCUGGAGAGGAUUACCGGGGCCAAAAAAUGACAAAACCUUCUGCUUUGUAGAGGAGAAGCUCCUGCAAACAUGAACCCAGAAUCUCUGGACUCGUCCAUCCAGAGUGUGCUGUCGGCCCUCUUCCCACCGUUUGAGGCCACAGCGCCCAUCGUCCUCUGCCAGCUGUUUCGCACUAUUGAGGAACGUUAUCACGGUGAUGCUCUGCAGUGUUUACUUGACUUCCUGAUUCCUUCCAAACAUGUGCUGGAAAGUGUCCAACAGGCAGCAUGUGCUGGAUACUCUGAUGUGGUUUUCCGCUGUGAGGGCUGGCCUCUCUGUCUCCAUGACAAAACGGUCAUCCAGUUAGCGCCCGUUAACCCCUUGCUGUUGCGUCCUGGAGACUUCUAUCUUCAAGUGGAGCCUUUUGGGGAACAAGCGGCACGCAUCGUCCUCAAAUGUCUUCUUGAGGAAGGAUGUCGAGAAGUGGAGGAGACCCCCAUCCCUGAAACGUCUUAUCCCUGCAUCUUCACCGAAGACUGGCUGCGGGACAUCAACGAAGGACGUGAUGGAACUCCUUUGUCACGGUGUUUGCUUUGCACAGACCAAGGUGUAAUUAAGUUGCCGUGGGCCAAAAUCGCAAUUCCAGAGUUUUUAGACAAGCCUAAGAUCAUGCCCACCUGUCAGAAAUCUCACCCUGAGCCAAAGCAGAUUUCAGUUCCCAUCCACUUCAACUCCUCCACCCUACCAGUUGAAGCCACGAUUCUUCCAGCAAAUGACAGGAUGUCAGCAUCAUUAAGACCCGCAGCCUGUUCUUCCAAACUUGUCAAAAUGGAAGAUAAAAGAGGGGCCCCGAAAUCCUGCUCCAAACCAUUAAUCAAGCCGGUGGGUUGGGUUUCUCCUAAUACCUGGGACAGUCAUAACUAUCAAGAGAUUGAGGGUGAUUAUGUAGACCUGGUGGAUAUCGACAAAGGGAAAGAGCUUGUGGAUAAACAGAGAGACAGGCUUCCAAAUCCAACCAAUUCAGUUUUGUUCAAACCUGUUAGACCACCCCCACCUGUGCCGCUUGGGAAUAGCGUUCCCUGCGGACGCACGCUUCAGUAUACAGAGGAGCGUUUUACACCAUGCAGCCAGGGGAAGCUGGAGCAGGACCUCACUGAUGAAGACAUGAAGUGCAGGUACAGAGAUUCAUACCUGGCGGCACUGACAAAUCCAGUGCCUUUUGAGAAAGGGAGUGUAGACCUCCUGGCUGCCUUGGAGGAGGUCGGCCUGACUGAAGAUGGGGAGUUAAAAUCUAAGGCUAAAAUUGGUGCUCAAAAAGACCAAGUAGGAAACUAUUGUAACCACUGUAAGGAACCUGUGUUUGGUAAUGAGCCCUUCCCUUGCAAACACUGCCAUGAGCCAACACCAGCAAACUUAAAGCCCCACCUUCCUAGUAAAUGUGAGCCGGAAAACCUCAUGAAGGAGUCGCCCAUAAUUUUGAAAUCAACCCCUGGUUUGAGCCAAAGUCAGAGAGUUCAGACAAAACUUAUUUCUCACCCAUCAGGACAUUGUGCUUUUAUGCAUCCAGUAUCAGAUGUGUCCUCGGGGACCCCUGGUGGUGACCUGGAGUCGCACCAGAGGGGGAAGGAUGUGAAACCAUCAGGCAAGCACAAAGUUAAAGUGAGGUCUUUGUCCGCUGUCUCAGAAACUCCUACAGGGAGGCCACUUCUCUAUAAGCUCAACAACAGGAGCCAUAGUGAUAUUUGCCCUGAAACAGUCACGAACUUAAUGCACUGUAGGCAAGAAGUUCAACUUGAUGAGGAAACUCUGAAACUGGAAACAGAGAAGUGUCUAAAAAAAGGCAGCAGGGACAAGACUGGCAGGGCAGUUGUGGAGGUCCAUGGUGACAGGAUGGGGUGGACGUCCCCUCUUGUGUCAGCACAAAGCAUCUGUGAAUUACUGCUCUACUUACAUUCUAUACCAAGGUACAGUGCUGAAAGACUGAGAUGUAUCUCUAGAGAAAAAAGAUAACAUUCUCUUCACCUCUACAAGGCUCUAUUGAUGGCCCAGGAGCAAGCUCUCCAUGCUGUCCACAGUAUCGUCAUGCUGAUGGAUAAAGACACUUGUCAGCGUCCUGAAAAACAGCCUGGUCUGCAGAUGGAUUUGGUGACCACUAUGAAAGCCCUAAACAAGACGGUGGAAGCUUCCCAACUAACCUCUGAUUUUGGAGGUACCUUCACUUACAGUCACACCGAGUGGCUGCAGUUCCAUCAGAGGCUGGUUUCAUUUAUGACUGACCUGCGAGGAGCUGACAGUUUGUUGCAAAAGGCCAUUAAGAGGGUGGAUAACAGAAACCAAAUGGACACAGCUCAGGAAGUGCAGCAAUGCAUUGAAGAACAGAGGAUUUCAAUGAAAGAAAUGCUGGAAGAUGCUAGACUGGUGACUUUGCAAAGGGAAGGAGGGGCUUUUCUGGCCAGGAUGAAGAAAGAAGAGUUCAGAUUUCCACAGUCUGAGGACUACAGAGACGCUUUGGAGUCGGUGACAAGUCUUUAUAACCAAGUGGAGGAGAAGCUCCACACACUGGUGAUGAGAUCAAACGAGUCCCUCCAACAGCUGGAGUUCCUUUUCAGGCUUCGAGAGGUGGAAGCCAAAAUCAGCACGGCUGGGAUGUGGUUCAGCACAGAAGGUGAACAGAGACUGAAGGACUCUUACCCAAUUGAUGAUACCCAGGCUUGCACUGAAAAGGAUUUGGAGCACUUCCACAUGUUCCUUACUCAGUCUAAGGAAAAACAGCAGAAUGCCUUGAUCCUAGCUGCAGAGGCAGAGGGCAUUUUUGAGUCCAGCGACAGCAGCCCUGCAAGAGAUGUUUUUCAAACUCUCGUCAACACUUUCAGAUCUAAUGUAGAAGACUUCAUGCUGCGUGCACAACAGAGAUCCAAAGAACUGGACGCGCUUGUGCACGUUUACGCCUUUUGUGAAAAGGUAGAGCAGGGGUGUUACCCAGCUCAGACUUUAAGUACACUCCAAAUGUAUGAGCAGAGAUUAGGUGGUGAAUUCUCCACCCCUCACUUCCAGGCUGUGAAAGCUAAAGCCUGCGCCUUGGGAUCAGGGGCUUCGGCAGCAAUGAGAGUGUGGAAUGCAGCUUGGGCCCAGUGCCGAGAAGUCAGGCAGCAUCUUAAGGAGAUGCAGAAGAAGAAAAAAUACAUAGAUAAGAACCAGAUCCAGAAGACCACAGCUGCAAAGUCUCCAGGGGAACAUGGAGAAAUGGAGAAAGAGGAGAAAGGGAAGAGCAAGUUGAGGCCAAGAGAGCAUCACAGUGAGACAGAUCUAAGAGAUGUAAACUCAAUGAAAGGGAGCGAGGAUUUUCCUUCACACCAACCUUUAAGUCGAUCUCUAAGCGAAGGCUCACAUGUCUGCUCUUAUCUGACGAGCGUUCCUGGCUUUUCGCCUUUAAAUGUGAGUCACAAGCACUGUCAUAGUAAGACACAGUCACUGGAACAAAAUCAGCAGCCCAUCCAAAAUCUCCCUUUUCCCCAUAACAAGAGACUACGGAAAGUACGGAGGAUCAUGGAGGAGCUACUGUCCACAGAGAGGGAGUAUGUGAAGGCUCUGGGUUAUGUUCGAGAGCACUACUUCCCUGAGCUGGAGAGGGAAGAUGUCCCUCAGGAUCUCAGGGGCCAGAGGGGGAGCAUCUUUGGUAACUUAGAAAAGCUCCACGACUUCCACCGACAUUACUUCCUGAAUGAGCUGGAGNUCUGCAUUUAUUUUCCAUUUUAGAGAGAAAGCUUUGCUUUGUAUGCCCUUUACAGCAAGAACAAGCCCCAGUCUGACAGUCUCCUGAUCAAUCACGGGCAGGCUUUUUUCAAGCAAAAGCAGCUGAAGCUGGGGGAUAAAAUGGACUUAUGGUCGUACCUGUUGAAGCCUGUGCAGCGCAUUAGUAAGUACAGUUUGCUGCUGCAGGACAUGAUGAGGGAGUGCGAUCCGGGACAAAUCAGAGAGAUAGCUGAGCUAAAGGCAGCCCUUGAGGUCAUCCACUUCCAGCUUCGUCAUGGCAACAACUUGCUGGCCAUGGACGCCAUCCACCACUGUGAUGUUAAUCUAAAGGAGCAAGGGCAGCUGAUUCGUCAGGAUGAGUUUUUGGUAACUUUUAGGAAGAAGAAAUGUUUCCGUCACAUUUUCCUUUUUCAAGAACUCAUCCUCUUUAGCAAGACAAGGAAGACUGACAUUGGAAAUGACACAUACAUCUAUAAACAGUCAUUCAAGACCUCUGACAUAGGAAUGACACAAAACACCGGUGACACCGGUUUGUGUUUUGAGAUCUGGUUCAGAAAGAGGAAAAGUCAGGACACAUACACUCUGCAAGCAGCCAGCCGUGAAGUGAAGGAGGCUUGGGCCAGGGACCUGGAACGGAUACUCUGGGAACAGGCUAUACACAACAGAGAGGUUCGUUUGCAGGAGAGAGUGUUUCUGGGUAUUGGAAACAAGCCUUUUAUGGACAUUCAGCCCAGUGAGGCAGCCAUCAAUGAUCGAGCCAUUGACUAUGUACUGAUGGGGAGAGAAAACAGAGGCCUGUUCUCUGUGGGAUCAUGUGCAUCACGGGACGAGCUUCCAGGAGGGCGGCCAAAGUCCGCUGGUUCAAGGAGCAGCUCUUCUUCCUCCUCGUCCUCUGGACGGGGCUCCCUCUCCCCUGUGGGGUACUUGUGUGGACCAAAGCAGAAGGUGAUUGCAGGGGUCCUUGGACGAUAUGCAUCACCCCCAGGAGCCCUGGAGGAGGACGAUCUUGACCAAGAGAGUGGAAGUCAGCAUUUAUUGUUGGACAGCUCAGAGUCGUCAGGCGAGAGCGUAAGCGGCUUCAGCAGUUCCAGUCACAGCUACCACUCUGCUAUCGGAGGAGAGGUGGAGGACGUAAUCACUGUUAAGGAGUCAGUGAUUGCUCAGCCAACUGAGGCUUCCAGCAUUCUUGCAGGAACCACAAAAAAAACCCAACCACCAGUUCCACCCAAACCCAAGCACAAACCAAAAGAUCACAGCAAGAAUCUGCCCUGCAGCAAGGUACAAAGCACCGCUUUUGGAAAGUCCACUGAUGUUUGAGAGCUAAGAUAUAUAUAAGAUGUCUAAGCAGCCUGCGAGUCUGUGCCCACAACCAAAGGAGACAUCACUUUAUUCCAGCUGUUACUGUAAUGUCAUACAACUCUGUAAAUAAAGCUUCUUUUGAUGUCACCACUAAAACCAUAGGUCAAGAAAUCAUCUGUGUGUUGUAUUCUCACUAUAAAUGGUGAUAAAUGUCAGUUUGAAAUACCUGACGUGGCUUUUUUUGCACUAUAUAUUAGGUUAGUUUUAUAUCUUAAGCUGCAGUCUCUGUGUCUAUGUGUAUUUGCUAUUCAUAAUACAUUGUGAGAUUACUGUGUACUCUGAAAUGUGGAUUUUAUCAUUGUUAAAUAAAAACACAACAUAA